UUCAUAAUAACAAUUCGGUGCCAUAAAGUUAAGCUUCAUUUUGUUCUCUGGUCUUCUCAAAAAUAUAAAAAUUUUGGGAAAGCAGUCAGUCAGUCAGAAGUCGUGAAGCAUCUCAAAAUGAGAUUAACUAUUUUAUUUCUCUCACUCUUUAUUCUCUGUGAAAUUCAUGGGGAGGAAGAAAAUGAGAAAUUUCUUUGUACCAAGGCAGGACGUUACGAAAAUCCAAAGGAUGAAACCUGUAAUUCAUUUUUCCUGUGUUCAUACACCCUCGAAGGAGAACUAAUACAAACCCAAUACAGCUGUCCCGAAAAAUCAGUUUUUUCACCCGAAACUGCAUUGUGUUCCAAAAAUUACACAUGCCCCAAACUUUCCAGAUCAACUCGCGAUCUUUUGCAGAUAGAGCAUGUUAACAACGUUCACUAUCGUUGCAGGAACGACAUUGAGAAUGAUUUCAAAUGUCGCAGAAGUGGGAAAUAUGCUGACCUGAUAGGAACUUCCUGUAGGAGGUAUUUUAUGUGUUCCCUUUUGCGCAGUGGAGAAUAUUUGAGAACCCAAUAUGAAUGCCCUGAAGGAUCUUUCUUUGAUCCCAGAACUCAAAAAUGUCAUCUUAAUUACGAAUGCCCUUGCCAGAUGAAUUCACCAGAGAAUGUAAAUUGGCACAGAGGCGAAAGAAGAGAACAUAGUGGAUGGUCUGAACGCAGUAGAGAAGCGGAAAUUAAUGAGAAGUGGACCAAAAUUUACAGGUGGACUAGAAUACCUCAACAACGACCAACACGCGAAGCAGCAAGUACUAUAUUGCCUGGUACUGAUGACUGCAUAGACACAGGGAAAUUGAAUUUGUUCAAAUGUACCGAUGAAGGACUUUAUCCCGAUAAGAGAGAUGUAACAUGUACUGACUAUUUCCUCUGUAACAGGCUUUCAAAUGGAGGAUUUUUGAGAACAAAAUAUAGUUGUCCUUACGGAUCAACAUUUGAUCCACACAAGAGGAAUUGCAGUAUGCAAUACGUAUGUCCAUGUCAAUUCGAAACAAGAUCUACGUAUUCAACCACAUUAACACCAUCUCCCAGAACUGUCAAACCAUCAACGAAUUCCGAAAUAGUUUAUACCACCGAGUCCAGAUCGACACCGCUAGAUUGUGAAAUUCCUAGAAAAGAAUUCGAAUGUGAGCGUGCAGGUAGAUUCCCAGACAGAACUGAUGUAUCCUGUAAUACUUAUUAUCUUUGUGAGAUUAAUAGUAUUGGAGCAUUGAAGAAAAAGAGAUACCGCUGUCCAAGAUGUUUAACAUUCAACCCAGCUUUAGAAAAGUGUACUGAUAACUACGUAUGUCCUUGUAGUAACACUGAAGCACCUGGUGUUACUUCUUCAAUCCCAAUGAGCUCUCAAACUAAUACCCCUAGAAAUGGUUCUGAGACGGAAAAAACCACUCAGAAUGGUUCCACGAAUUCUAGUCCUACAAAACCUAACACUUCUGAAUCCACCACCGACAAAAUGAAUUCUCAAACAACACCAAAUGAAAGUGGUACAACUAAUGACUGCUCAAUUCCAGCAAGCAACAAACCAUUCAAAUGUCAAUCGAGAGGAAGGUUCCCAGAUAAAAAAGAUAUGAGCUGUUCAUCCUACUUCAUAUGUUCUGAGCGGAAAGAUGGUUCUUUCACGAAAACUAAAGCUAAAUGUCCUAAAAACUCUCGUUUUGAUCCAUCAGCUGAAAAAUGUAGUAAAAAAUACGAGUGUCCCUGCUCUGGUACAUCAGGACGAACUUCCAGCUCCUCAUCAAGUACCACCUCAGGAAUAACAAGUUCUAGCAGAAAAACAACUGAAUCUACUAGUAUAACUGAGAAAUCAAAAACUCGUCAUUCAGGAACUACAACAACUGGAUCAAAAUCUACCGGACGUCCUAGUUCUCCAACUUCUGAGCAAACCCCAGCAGCAAGUUCUUCAUCGACCAAAAAGAGUAGUGAUUGUAACAUACCCCCAUCAAAUGAACCGUUCAGAUGUAUAUUGAAAGGGCGGUUCCCAAACAGAAGGGAUUUAACAUGUUCCUCAUACUUCUUAUGCUCGGCCCUCAAAAACGGUACUCUCAUUGAAACGAAAUACAGGUGUCCAAAAAAUUCGCUUUUCGAUCCUUCACUACACAGAUGUAGUAAAGCUUAUGAAUGUCCAUGUGCCAAUAAUCCUUCAACAACAGAAGAAUCUCCCAAGAUUACCACAUCGAAAUCAGGGAUGGAAUCAACAACAAUGAAUCCAACUGAUGAAACAACAACUCGAGAAUCCACCUCCAAAAGAGCUACCGAACAAACAGAGUCAUCAACAGACUCAAAAACCACAAGGCGAAGAUCGACUUCUAGCUCAGAAAAAACCGAAUCAACAUCACCUAGGGCAAUUACGAGUGGUUCGUCGGAACGCCCAACAUCCAAGCAAACAAGCAAAUCUGAAUCCACCACUGCAAACCCUGGAACUUCAGCAUCACAGAAAGAUGUUACAACCAAAUCCACCAAUGGCUCUAUGGGCACAACAAAGUCGGGAAGUUCCUCAUCAACACAGAAGAGUAGUGAAACUUCAUCAACCUGUAUAGUUCCAUCGAACAAUGAAACAUUCAGGUGUGAAUCAAAGGGAAGAUUCCCAGAUAGAAGGGAUUUAACUUGUUCUUCAUAUUUCUUGUGCUCAUCCUUGAAUAAUGGUACACUCAUAAAAACGAAAUAUAAAUGUCCAAGAAAUUCGUUCUUCGAUCCUUCACUUCAAAAAUGUAGUAAAGGAUAUGAAUGUCCAUGUGCGAAUAUUCCAUCGACAACUUCAAAAUAUUCAUCGAUUACUACGAAAUCCACUGAAAAACCAACAAGUUCUUCUAUCAAUCCAACUGAUCAAACCACAAUCACUAAAUCUUCCACCACAAGUAGAUCAACAGGUUCAAAAUCUACAGAUAGCACCGCUAAUUCGAGAAGAACAGAAUCCUCAAGUAUAACAACUACACAAAAAGAUAAAAGUACCAAAUUGACAACUGAGCAGACUAAUGGUUCUAGAGCUACUACUCAAGAACCAGAUAACUCGUCAACACAAAAAAGUAGUGGAACUCCAGAGGACUGCAUCAUUCCACCAAAAAACAAACCAUUCAGUUGUACUUCAAAAGGACGAUUCCCGAAUAGAAGGGACUUAACAUGCUCUUCAUAUUUCUUAUGCUCAGCCCUGAACAAUGGUACUCUAAUUAGAACGAAAUACAAUUGCCCGAAAAAGUCUUACUUCGAUCCCAGUAUUCAGAGAUGCAGCAAGUCAUAUGAAUGUCCAUGUUCAAAAUCAUCUGGAGGUACUACAAAACCCCCAACAAUUUUCCCAUCAAAAGCAACUGAACAAACAACAGGCAGCAGCAUGACCGUUAAAACAACCGAACAAUCCUCUUUCACUGAAUCUUCUCGGCAAAAAUCCACCAUCACUAGAUCUACUGAGCGAACCAAAUCCUCAAGAGAAUCAAAUCCCACAGAAAAAUUAACGACAGCUAAUUCGGGAGGAACACAGUCGACGAAAGUAACAUCACCUAGGACCAGCAUGAGAGGCUCCUCUGAACGCCCAACAGUUCCUACAUCUGCACAAUCAAACGGCUCUGAAUCCACUACCGAAAACUCAGGAUCUUCAUCAUCACAAAAUGGCAGUAGCUCAGAAUUGACCUCUGAAAAGACUAACGGCUCCAAGGCUACAACCACCAGACCAGCAUCUUCUUCAACAGAAAAUGGUAGCGCAACACCCAAUGAUUGUAUCAUUCCUGCAUCCAAUAAACCAUUCAAAUGUACGACAAAGGGAAGAUUCGCAGAUAAAAGAGAUUUGACAUGUUCGUCUUAUUUCUUAUGUUCUGCACUCAACAAUGGUACUCUUAUAAAAACGAAAUACAAAUGCCCGAAGAAGUCCUACUUUGAUCCUUCGAUUCACAGAUGUAAUAAGUCGUAUAAAUGUCCAUGUUCAACUGCUACUUCAACAACUCCAAAAUUAUCAACAAUUACCGCAUCCGGAACAACUGGAAGAGCAACGGCCAGUAAAAUGACCAGUACUUCAACAGAUAAAAGCACAGUGACUGAAUCUACCAAACAACGGUCCACAAUCACGGAAAAAACCAAAACUUCUUCCAAAUCGACAACUGUUUCUGAAAUUACAAAGUCGACAAGAGCCACAUCAUCGAAAGAAACUCUUUCAACAUCUGGGCAAACAAGCGGUUCUGGUUCAUCUACCUCACAAAGUGGCAGCACUACCGACCGUACAUCUGAGAAGACUAAUGGCUCCAAAGCUACAACCAAACAAUCAGAUUUAUCGUCAACACAAAACAGUGGUGGAACGUCAGACGCCUGUAUCAUUCCACCAGCGAACAUACCAUUUAGAUGUUUAUCGAAAGGGCGAUUCCCUGAUAGAAGGGAUACAACCUGCUCUUCAUAUUUCUUAUGUUCAGCCCUCAAUAAUGGUACUCUGAUCAAAACUAAAUACAAGUGUCCGAAGAAGUCGUACUUCGAUCCAUCUAUUCAGAAAUGCAGUAAGUCAUACGAAUGUCCAUGUGCAUCAACUACUGCAAAAUAUUCAUCAACUACCCCAUCUCCAACUAGACAAACAACAGAGAACAAUCCUACUGAAGAAACUUCCUACACUAAAUCGUCCCAACAACAAUCUACAAUCACCAAAAGUACAGAACAAACCGAAUCAGAAAACUCUAGAUCGACAGAGAGAUCAUCGACAGCUAGUUCAGACCGAACAAAAUCUACUAAGGUAACACCAUCCAGGACUAGUAUGAGUAGCACGUCAGGAAGUCAAACUCUCUCCACGUCUGGGCAGUCGGUUCCAUCCAAAUCAACUUCUUCGGCAUCCCCAUCUUCACAAAAAGUGAGUAGUUCUACAACAUCAGAACCUGAAAGGAAAUCAACAACGGAACAAACAAGUUCUUCAACAACAACUAAAGGAAGUGGAACUCCAGAUGCUUGUAUUAUUCCCCCAUCGAAGGAAAUAUUCAGAUGUACAUCGAAAGGCCGUUUUGCUGAUAAAAGAGAUUUGACAUGUUCUACAUAUUUCUUGUGUUCGGCUCUCAACAAUGGCACUCUCAUUAAAACAAAAUACAAAUGUCCAAGAAUGUCGUACUUCGAUCCAUCAAUUCACAAAUGCAGUAGAACGUAUGAAUGUCCCUGUACUACCAAAACUGUUACGACGUCUAAGUAUUUGACAACUACCACUGCAAAAACUACCAGGCAAUCCCCAUCCAGUUCCAGUGGAAAAACUAUCAAUCCAACAGAAAGUACUAUAUCUACAGGCCGAGAAUCCGGAAGCACAGAUACCACGAAAGCAUCGACAUCAUCGAAAACCACCGGAAAAACCUCAACAACGAUAUCAGGUCGAACAAGUUCAUCAGAAAACACUUCUUCAAAAAGCAGCGGCAGUACCUCUUUCACUGAGAAGACAGGUAGUACAGAAUCAAGUUCGAAUGGAUCAGAAUCUACAAGAGUAACAUCCACCAGCACUUCAUCCAAUGAACAAUCGACUGGAUCGACCACUGGACAGCCACUUAGCUCACCAACUACAACGGAAGGAUCUUCAUCAUCGCAGAAAGGAAGCAGUAUUCCCAAUGAUUGUAUUAUUCCACCAUCCAAUAAGCCAUUUAAAUGUAGGUCAAAAGGGCGAUUCCCGAACAAAAGAGAUCUGACUUGUUCUUCAUAUUUCUUGUGUUCAUCCAUCGAAGGCGAUAUCUUCAUCAAAACCAAACACGAAUGUCCAAGAAACUCGUACUUCAAUCCAUCACUAAAGAGAUGCAGUAGAAGUUAUGAAUGUCCAUGUUCAAAUAUUCCUUCGAUUACUCCCAAGUCAAGCUCAAGUACAACAUUCAAAACCACAAAACAGUCUGUGCCAACUUCUACCGAAAGCAGCAAACCUUCCACUCAAAAUGAAGAAAGUAGCUCAAAACAAGCAUCAACAUCAGAAAGUAUAACUGAAAGGACUAAACCAUCUUCCAGAUCUAUAUCCACCGUCUCUAGUAGAACAGAAGCAACUAAAACUACCUCAUCGUCUAGAUACACUGGUAGCACAUCAGCGUCUGCAAAAACAGAAACUACUUCCUCUAAAUCAGAUCAAUCAGAAGAACCGAAGCCGACUACUAAACGUGCCGAAACUUCUGGCACAAGUAUUACUUCUUCUGAAUCCUCUUCAACUUCACGGUCUUCGGAGAAACCAUCAUCAAGAGCUAGUGACAAUACUUCGAAACCAUCUGGAACAACUGACAAAAAUAAAUCUACCAAGCUCCCAACGACCUCACGAAGAUCUGAAAAAACAACCGUAACUGAAUCCACAAAACCUACAUCAACCACUAUUUCGGAUGGAUCAGAUUCCACUGGAGAAACGACUCCUAAUGGAAGCAAAGGCAGCACCUUCCUUACCCAAAAAACAAGAAGAACUUCUUCCAAAACAGAAUCGACAGCAUUUCCAACUAAGUCGACUGAGGAAUCAACAGGUUCGGAAUCAACAACUGUUCGGCAAAGUUCCUCAUCUACACAAAGAGGAAGCAACACUCCUGAAAACUGCAUUAUUCCACCAUCAAACCAACCUUUCAAAUGUUCGUCGAAUGGUCGUUUUCCUAACAGAAGAGAUCUCACUUGUUCAUCUUAUUUCUUGUGUUCAUCAAUCGAAGGAGAUAUCUUUAUUAAGACAAAACACGAGUGUCCAAGAAACUCGUUCUUCGAUCCUUCAGUCCGGAGGUGCAGUAGAACCUACGAAUGCCCUUGCUCAAAUUCUGCAUCAACUUCUCCAAAUUCUGAAACAUCAAGCCCUUCUUCAUCGAGCUCUACUGGGGCAAACAAUCCCUCAACUGACAUGAACAAGAGUACAGUAUCUCCGAAACAAACAACACCUAGUAGCAGUUCAAGUGGAAAAACGAAACCUUCAUCCGCCUCUGAAUCUUCAACAUCAUCAACCCCUAUCUCACGCCAAACAGAAUCCACAGCUUCUUCCUCCACAGACAACCGUAGUCCAUCAGCUGCUACAAGAGCAGAUAAUACUUCUUCUGAAUCUGAAUCAACAAACCUGACAUCUAAGCAACCGAGUAGCUCAAUGUCUACCACUGAAGGUUCCAAAUCUUCUGAGUCAAGUGCUUCUCCUUCCAAUAACUCACCGACUGUCACUUCGAGAACAUCAGAAAAAUCUUCAUCUUCUAGAUCCAGUCGGUUUACUACCUCACCAUCCGAACAGACUGGAAAAACGGAAUCUACGAAACAAACAGCAAGAUCAGAAAGCUCAACAGGGACGACUGACAGAAAUUCUAAAACCACAGGAUUGCCAACUGGGUCGACUAAGAAAUCAACAGUGUCUGAAUCAACUACUGUUCAACAAAGUUCCUCAUCUACACAAAGAGGAAGCAAUACUCCUGAAAACUGCAUUAUUCCACCAUCAAACAAACCUUUCAAAUGUUCAUCGAAUGGACGUUUUCCUAACAGAAGAGAUCUCACUUGUUCUUCUUACUUCUUGUGUGCUUCAAUCGAAGGUGAUAUCUUUAUUAAGACAAAGCACGAGUGUCCAAGAAACUCUUUCUUCGAUCCUUCAGUCCGGAGAUGCAGUAGAACCUACGAAUGUCCUUGCUCUAAUUCUCCAUCAACUUCUCCCAAUUCUGAAACAUCAAGCCCUUCUUCAUCGAGAUCUACUGGGGCAAACAAUCACUCAACUGACAUGAACAAGAGUACAGUAUCUCCGAAACAAACAACACCUAGUAGCAGUUCGAGUGGAAAAACAAAACCUUCAUCCGGCUCUGAAUCUUCAACAUCAUCAACCCCUAUCUCACGCCAAACAGAAUCCACAGCUUCUUCCUCCAGAGGCAGCCGUAGUCCAUCAGCUUCAACGAGAGCAGAAAAUACUUCCUCUGGAUCUGAAUCAACAUCUAAGAAACCGAACAGCUCGAUGUCUACCACUGAAGGCUCCAAAUCUUCUGAGUCUAGUGCUUCUCCUUCCAAUAACUCACCGACUGUCACUUCGAGAACAUCAGAAAAAUCUUCAUCUUCUAGAUCCAGUCGGUUUACUACCUCACCAUCCGAACAGACUGGAAAAACGGAAUCUACGAAACAAACAGCAAGAUCAGAAAGCUCAACAGGGACGACUGACAGAAAUUCUAAAACCACAGGAUUGCCAACUGGGUCGACUAAGAAAUCAACAGUGUCUGAAUCAACUACUGUUCAACAAAGUUCCUCAUCUACACAAAGAGGAAGCAAUACUCCUGAAAACUGCAUUAUUCCACCAUCAAACAAACCUUUCAAAUGUUCAUCGAAUGGACGUUUUCCUAACAGAAGAGAUCUCACUUGUUCUUCUUACUUCUUGUGUGCUUCAAUCGAAGGUGAUAUCUUUAUUAAGACAAAACACGAGUGUCCAAGAAACUCUUUCUUCGAUCCUUCAGUCCGGAGAUGCAGUAGAACCUACGAAUGUCCUUGCUCAAAUUCUCCAUCAACUUCUCCCAAUUCUGAAACACCAAGCCCUUCUUCAUCGAGAUCUACUGGGGAAAACAAUCACUCAACUGACAUGAACAAGAGUACAGUAUCUCCGAAACAAACAACACCUAGUAGCAAUUCGAGUGGAAAAACGAAACCUUCAUCCAGCUCUGAAUCUUCAACAUCGUCAACCCCUAUCUCACGCCAAACAGAAUCCACAGCUUCUUCCUCCAGAGGCAGCCGUAGUCCAUCAGCGUCAACGAGAGCAGAUAAUACUUCCUCUGGAUCUGAAUCAACAUCUAAGAAACCGAACAGCUCGAUGUCUACCACUGAAGGAUCCAAAUCUUCGGGAUCAGAUGCUACUUCUGGCAAUAACUCAUCGACUGUCACUUCUCGUACAACGGAAAAAUCUACAUCUAGGUCAAGCAAGUUUACUAUAGCCCCAUCCGAAAAAACUGAAGAAACAAAAUCUACGAAACAAGUGACCACCACGAAAAGAUCAACCGAAACGAGUGACAAAACAUCCGCCUCUAAAUCUACGAGAACGAUAACGACCACUUCGUCGAAAAUAUCAGAAUCCACAGGCGUUACGACUUCAGGCAAGGGUGAUGGUAGCACCUCAUCCCCAGGAAUUACUUCCUCGAAUUCAAAAUCUACAAGACUUCCAACAAGGUCGACAGGUUAUCAAUCAACGACUGUACAACAAAAUUUAUCCUCUACACAAAGCGGAAGCAAUACUCCGGAAAACUGCAUUAUUCCACCAUCCAACAAACCUUUCAAAUGUUCGUCGAAUGGACGUUUUCCUGACAGAAGAGAUUUGACUUGUUCUUCGUACUUCAUAUGUUCAUCAAUCGAAGGUGAUAUCUUUAUAAAGACCAAACACGAAUGUCCAACGAACUCAUACUUCGAUCCUUCAGCCAAAAGAUGCAGUAGAACAUAUGAAUGUCCUUGCUCAAAUAUGCGUUCAACCACUUCAACAAUCACCGAAUCCUCAAAUCAAUCACAAAACCCAAGUCUUUCUACUGAGAAACCGAGAACAUCAUUCAGUUCAAUGUCUACAAGAAAAAUAUCAACAACUGCAUCCGAUAGAACGGACACCACCGGUUCCCUUUCCUCUAGGUCUAGCACUAGUAAAUCAACCGAGAUAACUCCUUCAAAAUCAGUACCUACAAAACGGCCAGGAAUGUCGACAACUCCUGUAUCUACUGGAUCUCAAUCCACAAAUGAACAGCAAGGUUCUUCAUCAACAGAUAAAUCAAGUAGUGCUGGCGAAGAUUGCAUCAUUCCGUCCCGUAAUGAACCAUUCAUAUGUUUAUCAAAAGGACGUUUUCCGGAUAGAAGAGACCUGACCUGUUCCGCAUAUUUCCUAUGUUCAGCCCUCAGCAAUGGAACUCUCAUAAAAACUGAGUACAAAUGUCCAAGGAAUUCCUACUUCGAUCCAGCAAUUCAUAGAUGCAGUAGGGAGUAUAACUGCCCUUGUUCCUACAAAACUACCUCUUCUCCCAAACUAUCCUCCAGUACAACACCUCGAUCAACUGGACCAUCCUCGUCCACAUCUAGUGGUAGGACUACGAAUACAGCAAAUGUUACACGUUUCACAAUUUCAACAAGUGAAAGGGUUUCUCGAAAUUCGGAAUCCACUGGUUCAGAAUGUAUCACUCCUCCAGCUGACUAUAAAUUCGUUUGCAAAUCGAAUGGAAGAUUCCCUAAUAUCCAAGAUCAGACAUGUAGUUCAUAUUACCUCUGUUCUUCAUUAUCAGAUGGUACAUUCGUACAAGCAAAAUACAGAUGCAGCAGUGGAUCUAAAUUUGAUCCUUCCCUACAAAACUGCUCAUCGUCCUAUGAAUGUCCUUGUACUAUAGUAACCACCACUCCUGUAACUUCUAAGGUUUCCACAGUAUCAACUGCGAUUCCCGAUGUUUGUCAACCUACAGGAAAAGAAUUUGUCUGUACUGCUGUUGGACGGUAUCCGAAACCAGGAGAUGUAUCAUGUUGCACUUACUAUUCCUGUAGCAAAUCAGAUAAUGGUACCAUUAUUCAAACCGAAUUCAGCUGUCCGGAAGGUUCCAGUUUCGAUCCGGUAUUCAAGACUUGUUCGAAAAGUUAUAGAUGUCCUUGUCAUGUCACUGAAUCACCUCAAUAUUUCACUACUUCUUCCGAAAGCUGUGUCAUACCCACAGAAGAUUUCGUGUGUAGUUCGCCAGGAAGAUUCCCGAAUAGGCAAGAUGUGUCAUGUUGCAAUUACUUCUUAUGCAGUGAUAUUGGCAACGGAACUUACAUCAGAACUGAAUAUAAUUGUCCCAUGGGAAAAUCAUUCGAUCCUGAGUUGAAAAGGUGUAGUAGCUCCUACGUAUGUCCAUGCAGAAUAACUGAGAACUCAGAAACACCUGUAACAACUGUUAUGACCACUGCUAAAUCAACAACUACAGGUAGAGUAACCCAACCCCCGGAAUGUGACCUAUCUCCUGAGAAUCCAGAACAUGUCUGUACACUCCGUGGACGGUUCAAGGAUACUAAAGACAUAACAUGUACUAAUUACUUCCUUUGUUCCAAGUUGAAGAAUGGUACUUUCAUAAGAACCAGAUACACUUGUCCAAGAUUUUCCUACUUCGAUCCAUCACUUGGCUUAUGUACAACAACAUACAAAUGCCCAUGCAUAAACACUUUCACCACCCCGACGAGGAGUACAGGGAGAAUCACAAAAAUUCCUGGAACUAGGGCACCAUGGCAUAUCAAUACAAGAAAGACCACCCAGACACCUGCUUCCAGCGAAUGCGUUCCACUUAGCCCCGCCAUAUCUGAAUUUGCUUGUUCAGCUGAAGGAAAGUUCAUGAACCCCUUGGACACCAGGUGUACUUCCUACAUCCAUUGCGUACGAAGAGCUUCCGUCUUGGUGAAGACAGUAGUGAACUGUGAAGGAAUGACAGCAUUCGAUAUAACAUUGAAGAAAUGUACUGCUAAUGCUGUUUGCAAAAUUUGUAAAUGAUUAUUGAAAUUAUUGAUGUGUAUUUUGUUGAUUAAAUAAAUUAUUUCGAAAUUUCAA